AGCCACAUACAUCUCGCUGAGCAUGCCAAAGCUGUCCAUUCAUCUUAUCCUGGACAAUAUGAUUUGAAAACUCUUUUCUUCAAUAGCAGUAAAGAGUUUGAGAGCUGGCGGAGGGAAACCGAAGACAAAAAUGUUUUGAGGUGGGCAACAAACUCCGCUGCCAAACGAGGACAGGGAAGCAUAACAUACUAUCGAUGUAGCAGGGCCCUACCCACACCUCAAUAUGGUGUAAAUACUCGACCAAGAUCAAAAAAGAAAACGAAAUAUUGUACGGCUUUCAUGCAGGUAGCUGAACGCAAUGGAACCGUCCGAGUGCAGUAUUGUAGUGAUCACGCAGGUCACGAGAAAGAGCCGGGACUUUUGACUUUGGACAAUGAAUCCGAGAGUUUCAUUGUGUCAUUGCUUAGGGAAGGCUUUGGAGCUAACCAAAUAUUGAAAAAAAUUCGGAGUGCCUAUCGGGAAGACGAGCAACAUAGGAUUUAUUAUACGACAUCGCGUGACAUCAGGAACAUCGCAAUACGAAAUAAACUGCAGCCCGGCAGAAGACACGAAGUUGAUCUAAUGUCUUUGGAAAUUAGAGUUAAGGAUGGAGCCGAUGAGGAUGGUAUCAGAUUGUAUAUUCCUGCUUUUGAUGAAAGCGGAGAAGGAUUUUUGCUUGGUGAUUACAAUUUGACACCUAAUGCUGGCAAUUUGGUGAUAACGCCCAUUCAAAAAGAAUGGCUCUUAAAAUACGCUUCAAGAGCAAUUUGCGUUGACGACACGUUUAAUUUAACGUGUUAUUCUUUACGACUCGCUACAAUUGUGGUUGUGGAUGAAUAUGAUAAAGGCUUGCCGGCGGCAUAUCUCUUGUCAAACAGAAUGACAGAGGCAGAAACGGAAAUGCUUUUUGAAGAAGUCAGGAAAAGUCAUGCCAAUGUUUAA